AUAGAAUGAACGUACCAAAGCAAUCUAUGCGUCAUUUAAUUGGUUCCCUGUUUCGUGAAGCAGGUGAAGCCAUGGAUCGUGUUGGAUGUUUCUUGCAAGGAAGUUUGGCAUACAAGGAAGAUUUAAAUAGAACUAGAAGAGUUAUGAAAUUCAAGAAUUUUAAACCAUCCGUUCAACCAUCAUCUUUCAUUGCUCCAAAUGCCAGCGUUAUUGGUUCAGUUUCUCUUGGUCCAAAUUCAUCUGUUUGGUACAAUGUUGUUAUAAGAGGUGAUGUUAAUUCUAUACAAAUCGGAGAAAAUACCAAUAUUCAAGACAGAGUUAUUAUUCACUGUACAGGCAAGGUUGGCCACGAAAAGCCAACAAUUAUUGGAAAUAAUGUUACUGUUGAAAGCGGUGCUAUUUUACAUGCUUGUACUUUAGAAGAUGAGUCUUAUAUUGGUUUUGGUGCCACUGUUUUGGAUGGUGCUGUUGUUGGAAGAGGAGCUAUGAUUGCACCAGGUGCUGUUGUGACACCAGGAACUAUUGUUCCAGGUGGUGAAAUUUGGGCUGGUGUUCCUGCUAAGAAACUUCGUGAAUUGACUCCAGAAGAACAAGAAUCUAUUAAGAAGUCUGCUGCUGAACUCUCAGAAUUGGCUCAAGUCCACAAGCAAGAACAAGAUAAGGAAUUCGAAGAAUUGUUGCACGAUAUGGAAACAUUCAAAUUCCGUGAAGAUAGACUCGAAGAAUACACUUAUGAAAAGGUUGAAUCUCCAUCAAGCACUGCUCCAACCAAGAAUUAAAUUUUUUUACAAUUACCAUAUAAACUACAGGGAUGCAUUAGUUUAUGGGUUGAUUAAAUAGACAUCCUGCAUAAAAAUCAAUUUUU